AGUGGUGUGGUGUGGAUGUGUCAUGUGACCGCUGUUGCUGUUAAACUAAAUAAUAACUAUCAAAAUAACGGGGUUUUCCGCAGAAACGAGGUCCAGGUCGGGGUUUAACUUCGUCUUCCAGGAUGCAGAACGUGAUCAACUCGGUGAAAGGAACCGCCCUGGGGGUGGCGGAGUUUCUGACGCCGGUGCUGAAGGAAUCGAAAUUCAAAGAGACCGGAGUCAUUACACCAGAAGAGUUUGUAGCAGCUGGAGAUCACCUGGUCCAUCAUUGCCCCACAUGGAAAUGGGCCAGUGGUGAAGAAGUGAAGGUGAAGCCGUAUCUGCCGCCGGAUAAACAGUUUCUCUUGACACGCAACGUUCCCUGCUACAAGCGCUGUAAACAGAUGGAGUACUCUGACGAGCUGGAGGCCAUCAUAGAGGAGGACGAUGGAGACGGGGGUUGGGUGGACACGUACCACAAUUCAGGUGUUUCAGGAGUCACGGACGCAGUACGAGAAAUCUCCCUGGACAACAAUAAGGACAAGAACAUGAACGCCACAUCCGCGCCGUGCUGUGAGGACGAGGACGAGGACGAGGAGGGAGAAGCCGCAGACAUGGAAGAGUACGAGGAGAGCGGCCUGCUGGAAACAGACGAGGCCACCCUGGACACCAGCAAGAUGGUGGAGACCAAGUCCAAGGCCGAGCUGGGGAGCGAGGACGCCAUCCUGCAGACCAGGACGUACGACCUCUACAUCACCUACGAUAAAUACUACCAGACGCCGCGGCUCUGGCUGUUCGGAUACGACGAGGACCGGCAGCCGCUGAGCGUGGACCAGAUGUACGAGGACAUCAGCCAGGACCACGUGAAGAAGACGGUCACCAUCGAGAACCACCCCCACCUGCCGCCGCCGGCCAUGUGCUCCGUCCACCCCUGCAGACAUGCCGAGGUGAUGAAGAAGAUCAUCGAGACGGUGGCGGAGGGUGGAGGAGAGCUGGGAGUGCACAUGUAUCUCCUGAUCUUCCUGAAGUUCGUGCAGGCCGUCAUCCCCACGAUAGAGUACGACUACACGAGACACUUCACCAUGUAGCUGCGGCGCCGUGGCCUUCAUACCUGCUCUUCUCCGCUCCGCUCUGCUCGUGUGGGACGCACCUGAACUCAGUCCGGCCCAAAAUGUUUCCUGUCCAACCCAGAACCCUGCAGUCGUGUGUCACCCGUGCAGCCCGGGCCGGGCCGCACCUGCACAGUACAACCUCAUCCAGCUCAGAUCUUCUUCCACCAGGACCUGUUUUCAUGAAUAUCCUUCAUGGGGGGAGAGACGGACCGGUCCGGACUCUUUAAGGAGAAACGAAGACCAGAGCUAUAGGAGGUGCUGAGCAGGCGGUCCUGAGUAAAACUACAUUGUACUACAGUUGCAAACGUGAUUCAAAAUAAUACUUAAAAUAUAUAAAUAUAUAUAUGAUUUUUUUUUUCUUUCUUUCUUUUUUUUUUAAUUUAGACAGCAUGAAAUGUACAUUUAACUGUUCUGCACGGUGGCCGAGACCCGACAUUGCUGAAAAUAAAAGUAACGCUGCAAACAGAAACAAACGCCGCUGCAAAUUAAAGAAACACUGCAAAUAUAAAGAAACCCCGCUGGAAAUAAAAGAAACGCUGAACACAAAAAGAAACGCCGCUGCAAAUUAAAGAAACGCUUAGCAAAUAAAAGAAACGCUGCAAAUAAAAUUUAAAAAAACGACGCAAAUAAAAAAGCCACAACGGAAGUGAAUUACCGGGGACUAUUUUUGCUGAUGCACCGGCGUUUUUUUGUGAGAGGAGAAAAAAUUACACGUAGCAACGUUGAACACGAACCUUUUCACUUAUUUUCUCGUUCGUUGUUCUUCUUAUUCCUCGCUCUUCUUAUUUCUUCCUUUUCACUUACGUCCUCUUCGUCGUCUUCUUCUCCUCUCACGUAAAAAACACCGGUGCAUCAUCAAAAAUAGUCCCCGGUAAUUCACUUCCAUUGUGGCUUUUUUAUUUGCAGCGUUUAUUUUAAUUGCAAAGCGUUUAUUUUAUUUGCGUUGUUUUUUUUUUUUUGCAGCAGCAGCGUUUAUUUUAUUUGCAGCGGGGUUUCUUUAUAUUUGCAGCGUUUAUUUUAUUUGCAGCGGUGUUUCUUUUUAUUUGCAGCGUUUAUGUUAUUUGCGUCGUUUUUUUUAUUUGCAGCGUUUAUUUUAUUUGCAGCGGCGUUUCUUUAUAUUUGCAGCGUUUAUUUUAUUUGCAAAGCGUUUGUUAUUUGCGUCGUUUUUUUUUAUUUGCAGCGGCGUUUAUUUUUUUUGCCGUGGGGUUUCUUUAUAUUUGUAGCGUUUAUUUUAUUUGCAGCAGCGUUUCUUUUCAUUUGCAGCGUUUAUUUUAUUUGCAGCAGCGUUUCUUUUUAUUUGCGGCGUUUGUUUCUGUUUGCAGCGUUACUUUUAUUUUCAGCAAUGGUCUUGGGCACCGUAGUUCUGCAGUCUUUGCAGCGACAAAGCAGCAGCGAUGAGUCUGGUCGUGCUUUACUUGGGUCUCUGCUCGUGCCGUUUGUCUUAAGGCUGCAUCGUCCUGACACUGGUUCUGGGCUCCAGUCGUACUUCAAACAUGAAAGCGUUGCUUCAUCCACACACCGCUCCGUACUUCCAACGCAGCAUUAAAUAACUGGUUUCUGGGUUCUCUUGGUUUAUUAGCAUCAGUUAAAUAAAGGAACCUCUUCACUUAAUAAUGAAACAUUUCCUGCUCCGUUUCCCGUUCUGCUGGUUGGAGGAUCUUCCACUCGUACUUGCUGGUCUCGUCUAUCUCGUAUAUCUCUGUAACACUUGGCUGAAUCAAAGUGACGUACGCUCAUCAAUAAAGUUUCCUGAAUAUUGCAA